AAUUAAAAACACAAUGAUAUACGAAAAAUGGCUGCUGCCAGUUUGACUGUUUUCUGCAGAAGAGGCUCGGCCACUCUGAAGGCUUCUACAUCGUGAAUAAGUUCUCAAGCCCUUGCUAGCACAGGUUGCAGGUUUUCUCUUAGUCUGUUGACUAAGAAUACAUCAGAUGUCACAUCUUUUCACCAGUGUAGAUUACUUCAUACCACAUUGUCUAGGAGAGGACUGGAAGAAUUUUUUGAUGACCCAAAGAACUGGGGGGAAGAAAAGGUGAAAUCUGGAGCUUCAUGGACCUGUCAGCAAUUAAGGAACAAAAGUAAUGAAGAUUUACAUAAACUUUGGUAUGUUCUCCUGAAAGAAAGAAACAUGUUCCUAACUCUAGAACAGGAAGCUAAGUGGCAGAGGCUGCCAAUGCCAAGCCCGGAGUGCUUAGAAAAGGUAGUGGAUUCCAUGGAUGCAUUAGAUAAAGUUGUCCAGGAAAGGGAAGAUGCCCUCAGACUUCUUCAGACCGGUCAAGAAAAGCCUAGACCUGGUGCUUGGAGAAGAGACAUCUUUGGAAGAAUCAUCUGGCACAAGUUCAAGCAGUGGCCUAUACCUUGGUAUCUAAACAAAAGAUACAAUAGAAAACGAUGUUUUGCAAUGCCCUACGUGGAAUGUUUUGUCAGAUUGAAAAUUGAGAAACAAGCCCGCAUCAAAGCAAGCAAGAUAAGUUUAGCACGAAAGAAAGAAAAGUUUCUUCAGAAAAAGUUUCCACAUCUUUCUGAAGCCCAGAAGUCAAGUGCUGCCUCAGAUAUCUUAACCAUAAUUUACUAUUUUGUUUUUCUUGGAUUACAGUCCACAUACAAAAGUAAAUACUAAGUGGUUUAUAAAUAACUUGUGUUUUUUA